CACUUCCCUGCCGGCUGCUUUGCCAAGAAGUCGGCCUCUCAGCUGCCUCCAUCUCCUUAGGGGCAGCAGGAGACAAGAAGCAGAAAGUGACGUGGUGGCUCGGUGCCACUGCGCCUCCAGGUUACUGGAGAGGUUGUGGUGUCUUCUGUCAAGGUCUCGGCCAGCAGUGGCUCGCAGAUGGCAGAAUAAGGCUGUUUUCAGAUUUGAUCCAGCAGAUGAAGAGAAAAGAAAGAAACUAUGUGAGGAAAUACUAAACAUCCUUGAAAAAGACACAAAAACUUCAUGUCAAGUUGCCUGCCUGGAGGCCCUUCGGAUUCUCUCCAGGGAUAAGAAGGUUUUAGUACCUGUGACCACGAAGAAGAACAUGCAGGUGCUUAUGAGGCUAGCCAAGCUGGACACUACGGAAGAUUCCCUGGAAAGGGUGUCCGAAUAUCCUGUUAUAGUAGAAGCUUUAAAAUGCCUCUGUAACAUAAUUUUCAACAGUGCUGUGGCACAGAAGCUCAGUCUGGAACUGAAUCUUGCAGCCGCGCUCUGCAGUCUUCUGAAAAAAUGCGAGGCCCAGCAGUUUGUUGAUGACAUUAAAUGCUUUGAUUUGCGCCUCCUCUUCCUGCUGUCGCUGCUGCACGCGGAUAUUCGAUCCCAGCUGCGUCAGGAGCUCCAAGGGGUGCAAGUCCUGACGCAGGCCUUGGAAAGCUCCCUGAGCGUAAGAUGGACAGCAGAAUACAAAGCAGCUGAAGACCUUGACAGGCCUCCUUUAUCUCUGCAAGAGACAGAUUGCGCCAUUGAGGCCCUAAAGGCUCUUUUUAAUGUAACCCUUGACAGUUGGAAUGUCCACAGCGAGAAUGAAUCUCAUCAAUUUCGUUACAUGGCUGCCAUCCUCCGACACUGCUUAUUAACCAGYGGCCCUACUGAAGACAAAACGGAAGAAUUGCACAGCAAUGCAAUCAACCUCUUAAGCAAUGUGCCAGUUUCUUGCUUGGAUGUUCUUAUUAGUCCRUCGUGUCAAGAAGAAACACACGUUAAAUACAACGGCAUGAACAUGGGAGCAAUUCAAAUUUUACUGGAUUUUAUGGAGAAGAGAAUAGACAAGGGAAGCAGCUACAGAGAAGGUUUGACUCCGGUUCUCAGUUUAUUAACUGAGUGUUGCCGAACUCACAGGAAUAUCAGGAAGUUUAUCAAAGCUCAGGUAUUGCCUCCGCUGAGAGAUGUAUCAAAUCGUCCCGAAGUUGGCUCGACGGUGAGGAACAAGCUUGUACGCCUUAUGACACAUGUUGACCUUGGAGUAAAGCAAAUUGCAGCAGAAUUUCUCUUUGUUCUUUGUAAAGAGAGAGUGGACACCCUGUUAAAAUACACAGGCUACGGUAACGCGGCAGGACUGCUGGCAGCRAGGGGCCUGCUGGCAGGAGGAAGAGGAGAUCAUUGGUACUCGGAUGAUGAAGACACAGAUACUGAAGAAUACAAAUCUGCCAAGCCCAACAUUAACCUUAUCACCGGUCACUUAGAAGAACCGAUGCCCAAUCCUAUGGAUGAAAUGACGGAAGAACAAAAAGAAUAUGAAGCCAUGAAACUUGUCAACAUGUUUGAUAAACUUUCCAGGGAUGAGUUCAUAAAACCAAUGGGAGUGCGACCGGAUGGUACAAUGGCCCCUUUGGAAGAAGCAGUCAGCCAGUACCACAGCAGCAAGCAAGACAGUUCAGAUUCAGACUAAAGCAUCACCUGCUUCACUCCCCGUUCUCCUCUAAUCCACGUCCUUCCUUACAGCCAUGACAUCCUUUAUCCAAACGUUUUACCCUCACGUUCGCCAGCCCCACUUGAAGUGCUCUAUUACUGGGAUAUCUAAAAGAUGGAUCAUGUGGGGUUAAUGUCUGCAUUUUUAUUAUGUCUAAGGAACACGUCGAUUUAAAAGUUUAUGAUCAACUGAUUAAUUUAAAACUAAAUAUAUUUCAAAGGGAUAAAAAGUGAAAAGCUACAAUGUAAAAUAUAGACACUUUAAUUUUCCAGAAUCYUUUUUUUCUGAACUCUGUAGGUUUUUCCUGUAUUUUUUUUAAUUGUCUUGACAGUUCUCUUUUUCUAUUAUCAAAGUAAAGAAGUAAGUUGGCUUAACUGCAUUAGGAGUAGAGGAUAUUUAAACCUGAAAGUCUGACUGACCCUGGGAAGCUGCUUUAAAAGGCAUUCACUGAUUUCACAGCUAUAAUUUUUAAAUGGUAUUAGAUUUCUUCCUUGUACUCACUUCUGUAGUUAAGCUGUCUCYCCUAGGAUUUUACCACUGUGUCAGAUACUGGUUGCUGCUAAAACUACCUUUGAAACGGGAACAAGAUUGU